GGUGGAGGAGAUAAGGCCUUGGCAAUGGACCGGUGAUGAUAACAGUGGCCACUUCACUAGUGUGUGUGUGCAUUUGGGGACACCAUGUCGCCGGCCAACGGACUAGAGCAGACCUACUGGACGAGGAGGUGGCGGAUUCUACACGACUGUUCAGAGGCUUGGACAGCGUCAAAGAUUACUUCAGAAACAACACGAAUCCUCUUGCCAAACAAAUUCUGGAAACAUUCGAAAAUGAAUGCUUUUACAUGGAAGAGCCGGAACUGCCAUCAGGAAGACAAAGGAGACCUUUCAUUGUGAUCGAGGGCAAUCACAAGUCAAGCAGAGAAGUAGUUGGAGUCCGUCUAGCCGGGAUGCUGGAUGGGAGGUAUCUUGUCCACCCAGCCUCUUGUCUCAUCAGAUACUCUGACAUUCUGCCCAAGGGAAGCCUGAUACGUAGAGCUUAUUACGUUCUCUCACUCUACGCCAUGUCUUUCAACGUCAAGAUAAAUCUCAGCCUGGGUCGAGCAGUUGUUGUCAACGGGUACUGGUUGGAUCAGCUGACCUGGAACCUUAUCCACGCUCAGCCAGGAGAGACAGCAGUACCUCCCGCUUCCUCCUCUCUGCUAGACAAACCCCCCGACCUGUUCACUCCUGACCUAAUCUUCUACCUAAACCUUCCCGACGACCUGUUCUAUCGUCAGGUCACUACCAGGAGCCCGCGGAACUGGAAGUCGAGAGUGUUGUCGCUGUAUCAGUCUCUACAGACGAGGUAUCCCAUAGUGAUACAGGAUCUGGAGAGGAUCUACAGAGCCGCAGCCCUGGUCGUCUACCGUCACUUGGUACUGACCCUGAGUGACGUCAGAUAUGAGUGUUGA